AUGCGUGGUGGACGUUUCUUGCUACGUCGCUAUAUCCUUAUCGCUUUUUGGCUUCUAUCAAUGAUUUUUGGGGGUAUCAGUGCUGUUCUAAAGCCACUGGUGGUGGUACCCAUUGUCGUUAGUUUACUAUACAUGGCUAUAUCGAUCUAUAACAUUGUCAUUUUCAAAAAGAAUGGUUCAGUGUUACAUCCUACAUUGAUGUUACAUAAUAAUGAUCUGCGUGGUAAUAAUGAAUGGUAUACUGUGCCUAUCCAUACCCGUAUCGAAGAUAGAGCUGCGUUGGCAGCCGUUGGAGGUGAUGAUUCAGCGGCUAUGUCAGCUAUCCGUGAACAGUAUACGAAUAUGAAAGAAAUCAAAAUUAUGGUAUAUACAGAAC